AUGCGUACCACGAUUCUGAGCUCUGUAUGCCUUGCGCUGGCAACGUUCGCCACGGCAAGUGCAAAGUCCUCAUACGAUGGCUACAAGGUCUACCGCGUCAAGACCGGUAUUAAUGGUAAAGCCGUCCAAUCAAAGUUGGCGAGCUUCGACUUCGAGCAAUGGAAUCAUGACAGCACUUCUCACAUCGAUAUUCUAAUUCCGCCGUCGCAAACCGCCCCUUUUGAAGCGCUUGGUCUGGACUACCAUGUUAUGCACGCCAACCUGGGAGAUUCCAUCGCUGCAGAGUCUGCAACCUCGACAUCCAAUUUCAAGCGGCAGGCAGACAACUCCACCUCAUGGUACGACUCGUAUCAUCCCUACGCGGAUCAUAUCCAAUACUUUGACGACCUACACGCGAUAUUUCCGAACAACUCCAAGAAAAUAAGCUCUGGUAAGAGCUAUGAAGGAAGGGAUAUUUAUGGCCUGCACUUGUGGGGAAGCGGUGGACCAGGAAAGCCCGCAGUGCUGUACCACGGGACCGUUCACGCAAGAGAAUGGAUCAGCGCUCCAGUUGUCGAAUACAUCACAUACCAGCUUGUCACCGGCUACAAGUCCAACGAUGCCACUGUCCGCACCUUCCUCGACAGCUACGACUUCUUCAUCCUUCCUUUCGUCAACCCCGACGGUUUCGUCUACUCGCAAACGACCCAACGCCUCUGGCGCAAAAACAGACAGCCAGGCCCUAACAACAGCACCUGCUUCGGCCGCGACAUCAACCGAAACUGGGAGUUCGCCUGGAACGCGACCGCCCGGGGCGCAUCUUCGAACCCCUGCUCCGAAACCUACAAGGGAGAGGCGCCCUCAGAUACACCCGAGAACAAGGGCCUCGACGCGUUCGUAAGAAAGCUGCGCGACGAGCAGGGCAUCAAGCUCUUCAUCGACUGGCACAGCUACGGUCAGGACAUCCUGAGCCCCUACGGCUACAACGAGACGCUGUACGCGCCCGAGCUCGGUAAGUGGACCAAGGCUGCGAAUCUCGUUUCGAGCGCGAUCAGGGAAGCCACGGAGGAUCGGACAACGUUCACGUUCGGACCGAGUGGUGCGGCGUUGUAUGCAACGACGGGCGCCGCGCCGGAUCAUGUGUAUAGUAUUGGAGGCGCGGAAUUUAGCUAUACUAUUGAGUUGAGGGAUACUGGGGAUGCAGGGUUUGUGCUACCUCCAGAGCAGAUUAGGCCGAGUGUGGUGGAGCAGUGGGAGGGACAGAAGGUCUUGAUUAGUUUGUUGGAUGAGGUGUUCUUUGAUGGGAAGGGUCUAGCUUGA